UUAUUCAUCGUACACAGAGAAAACUGUGUGCUUACAGGAAUGUGUUGAGACGCCUAUAAUAUUCCUCUUUUCCUAUCUUUAUGCAACAAGGAAAAGACGCUAGGAUUGUUUUUAUCGUAAAUUAUUAAUAAGCCUGAAGAGUAGUACGAUGUAUGCAGGUAUUCAUGUACCUAUACUUACAGAGUGUAUGCAGGUAUUCAUGUACCUAUACUUAUAGAGUGGAUGCCUUUGGGAUAUAAAUGCUGGAGGUAAAUAGAACUGCUGUACUUCAUCACAGACGUUCAGCCAAAGAGAGUCCUUGUGGAAGAUAACAAUGCGACUGCUGUUUGGUUUAGUUGUCUUUGUACUGUGGCAGCACACAGACUGCUUGACUAGGACAACGAAACUAUUAACCCUCAACACUUUCUUGAUCAACAUCCAAACGGAAUAUCAGAAGAGAGCCGAACACAUCGCAAACAAUAUCGGAUCUACGCAGGCGGACAUAAUAUGUUUGCAGGAGGUUUGGGAUGAUAAAGAUGUUCUUGCUAUAGUGAAAGCAAAUCAAGAAAAGUAUCCUUACACAUUGAGUGGACUACACAACGAAACACAAGAGUUGCUGCAGUCGUCAAAGACAAAUCGACCACGUUGUUUGGAAUUAGGAGUUUUAGUAAUGGCUAUAAGGACAGUAGCUAACGGAUGCUUGGGAGAGGAGGGUGAUGCCGCAAGGUUGAAAUGCCUCAUGGAAAAGGCCGGCUAUUUAGACUUGUCUCGUCAAUGUAUUGCCUGCCUUACCUUCUCUGGUUUUGAUAUUGGUUCUUUGCUGAAAAAUUGUCUCUUCUCCAACAUACAGACAAACCUACCGGGUUUACUAGUACUUAGUAAGAGGAAACUGCUCAAUCCUUCAAUGACGUAUUUUCGACAAGAGAAGACCCUUUUCAAUCGAGGGUACAUUUCAUUCGAGGUUGACCAGGUUGGAGAUAUCAGGUGCACACACCAAACAAGUGAUUCACUGGGCGAUUAUUACGAUGGAAAUUUGAGAACAGUAUAUGGAAGCUGGGAAGACCAACAUUUUGAUGAAACUAAAACUCUGAUCAGCAGUUUUCCAAAUGACAAAAUACGAUCGAUAAUAAUGGGUGAUGUGAACACAGGUCCAUUUCUGCCAAUCCAGACUGAACUUCAGGGCUACUUUAUAGAUUCAUACAAAUACUACAAAAGUCAGAUGUUCAUGCCCACUUUCGAAACGACAUGCACUUAUUGUUUGGAAAAUCCUCUAGCAAUGGAUAUUGACAGCGGAUCAAUCAUUGACCAAGUUUUGGUUCGAACGCCAGAGGGUGAUAUUGCAACAUACAAAACAAUGAGGGUGUUCGAUAAUCUGAUUCCAGGGGAAACUGUUCCUGCCUCAGAUCAUUACGCCGUUGAGUUGUUAAUAGAGACACCGUCACACUGAUCAUUAGCUAACAGCUGUUAUAUAUCAUGUUGACGAUUAAUAUGCAAGAAAGAAACAAAUACCUUUUUGAAAGAAA